AACUGAUGACGACUGGACUCCACCUCAUGAUGCCAUUUAGCAACAGAUGAGCAACGAUACAUGUACAUUUUGGGCAGCCAGAGACAAGCAUUGCCAUCGCCAGGGUGCCCCAAAGGACUACUCCAGAGUGUGUAAUGGUUGUCAGGGUCGCGGUGCUUCCCUUCCUUCUUGCACCGUAGCCUGGCCAGUGUUUUAGCGGCUUCCUCGUCCCCAACCCGCGUGUGUGUUUUAGCUGGCAGUGACUUUUCUGUGGUGGAUCGCUAUGGAUGUGCUAUGGGUGAUAACGUUACCACUGCUGCUGAUUCCGCUCCUGAUGUGGACCAGCAGCACGUUUGUUUUUUAUUUCAAAAAGUGCUUUUACGUCGCCUACAUGAUGGUUUUGGCUCUGUUCGCAAUUCCUAUGUGUAUACUGAAAAGCGGAGGCAGAGACGUUGAAAACAUGAGGAUUAUUCGCGCUUUGGUUCGUCAUGUGAAGUAUUUCCUGGGUCUUCGAUUUGAUGUGAGCGGUUGGGAGCAUCUGCAGACAGAGGGACCCUAUGUCAUCAUCUCCAACCAUCAGAGUUCCCUGGAUGUUUUGGGUCUGAUGGAAAUCUUACCCGACCGCUGCACCAUGAUUGCCAAGAAAGAGUUGGUCUACGCUGGCACAGUGGGUCUCGUUUGCUGGCUUGGUGGCAUCGUCUUUAUCAACCGCAAGAAGACGAGUGACGCCAAGAGUGUUAUGGCUGACGCUGCCAAAACCAUGUUGGACGACCAGAUUCGUCUGUGGGUGUUCCCAGAGGGAACGCGAAACCAGAGAGGCGACCUGCUGCCCUUCAAAAAAGGGGCUUUCCACCUGGCAGUGCAGGCACAAGAAAACAGCCGACCUACCCUCCUGACACUGAAACAGCUCCCCUGUCUUUCUGUCUUCACUGCUGGUGACACUGAAAGUCAUGAAUGGCACCACCGCAACCACCCCAGACAUAGCGUACCCAUCAUACCUGUCGUUUUCUCCUCCUACAGCAACUUCUACCUACGGAAAGAAAAGCAGUUCAACUCGGGGACCAUCAGAUUGAAGAUCCUUCCAAAGAUCGAGACAAAGGGGAUGACGUCAGACGAUGUUUCAUCCCUCUCCGACAAAUCCUUCAACCUGAUGCGCUCUGCCUACCUAAGCGUCUCUGACUCCGUAACCCAGAGCAACGGGCCAUUGAGGCACUGAACAUAUAUCACACUCCCGCCUCUUUUUCCUCCUAUUUCCCAUCUGAGACCCAUUCCUCCCCCAGACCUCCCCCCCGCUCUCCCCCAGGUUGUCCCAUUACCUGGCCAGGAAACAACAUGACACCGGUCUCUUGUCAUGAAAUCUCUUCUUGUCUAGUUGACGCCUGGUCCAGUCCGCCUCUGGCCUGGCCAUACAGCACAGUCAGUCCCGACCCUCACUGUGUCUGCAGCAGCAGCACCAGCAGCAGCGCUGCUCUGCACGCCGUGAGCGGAGUGACGGACGGCAAGCCGAACAGUAUGGAUGUGUGUUGUUCUUCAUGCAUGCCUUUUGGAUGGCUCUGUCCGCCUUCAUCCUCGCUUUGUUCUCUGGCUAUGGAAGCCUGUUUUUUUUUUUUUCUUUCUUCUUUUUUAUUGUCUUACUUUAUCACCAUUUUGUACUUUUUCUUUUUGGCCUUUUUCUCCACCUGCCUUCUGUUUAGCAGAUAAUCCUCUGCAUUUUUUCUUUUGUCUUCAUAAAUGUCUGGAUAUUCAUCUGUUCCUCUCAUACUGCCUUUAUUUUUACACUCUUGCACACAUACACGCACACACACAUUCAGCGUACCCCAUCUCCUUCCUUCCUUUCCUUUUAGUGUGCUCUCCCCCUUUCUGCAUUCCAGUCUCUUGCCUAAAGACAAAAGGAGCGGGGUCUCCAUGAGUGGUGGAGCGUGUGGAGGUGAGAGGUCAACACCGGUCGACCAUAGACUUCUUAAGAUCUGUCGCUAUGAAUUCAGCUCUAUAUCCAUAUUGGCUCUUCAACUCAAUGAACAAUAACUCCAUGACAUACUUCAUGAUGUCAGAAAGCAAGGAAUUCGAGAUUGCAAGAUACAGUGCGUAACAAUAGCACCCAUCUGUACUGAAUUACUGGACUUAAGAGGACUGAUCAGUUUUCAAUGUUGUGCAUUGUGGGUGUAUCAUUGUGCAUUCUUUGAGUUUGUCUCUCCAAAAGAUUAGGUAUAACCUGCGUGCAGCAUCGAGCAACCAGUGUCUUCUCGCUGUAUUUUUGCUUUCUAUUUAUUUCUACAUCAGAUAAUCUUUUUUUUUUUUUUUUUUUUUUUUCUUUAGUGAUUUUUGCUCCUCUGAAAGGAACUCACAAGUAAACCUAUUUAAGAUGUGUCAAAAAGGCGAUUACGUAUUGUGCAAUGUCCAACUGUUUUUACUGUUCCAAAGUGCAAGCUACCUGCUGUGCCAUGACGGAGUGUUUUUGGGAAGUUUCCAAUGUUAGCAUGUUAUUAUCUCACUAUGACCUGCUUCAUCAGUCAUCUCACUUCACCAAUGAUAUAAUUUACCUUUACCGAUGAUGUAAGGUAGCUCUUGUGUAGAAUUGUGAAAUGAUUUUAGAUCUCAAUUGUUUUUUUGUUUUUUUGUUUUUAUUGAUUUUAUUUGUUCUGAUUAACUUGAAGACUUGCUAAUUACUAACAAACCUGGCUGACUCAAGUCUACAUCUCAAGAGUUUAAAGUUUGUCCCUGUUUUUUUUUUAUCAACAUGAAAGUGAAUAACAUUGUUUUAGUUGUUCUGAUUCAGUUACUCCUUAACCUCCUAGAAGAAUAUUAAUUAUUUAAGAAGCCGUGGGAAUUUUGGCCUUAAGUUUGAUUGGUUGUUGUCGUUGCACCUUGGAUUGUUCGGAUAGUUUUGCUCACGCUCGAUUUAUGUUUUCUAACAUGUACUGACUUCUUACCGCAUCAUAGAACUUAACUGUUUACGUCCAGGUCUUAUAUUUCACAUUGCUCACUGCCUUCACACUGUUAAGCAAAAUAAUUUAUUUUGCCGCUUUUGCCCAUCAAACACAAUCUGAGAAUGUAUUCCAGCAUUCAGGAUAUUUGUGCACUAAUAAUUGCAUCUUUUUUUUUUUCCUGAAGUUAUUGUAUUAACAUGGGAUGUUGUCUUGCAUACACUUGGUGUCACAUCUAGGGUAUUUAUUUGACCAUUAAAUGUUAAAUUUAGACUGACUCGUGCACACAGACUGUUCAAGGAGAUGAUUUUGUGAAUGGAUUUAUUAAUACUUUGGUACGAAGCCUGUACACCGCUGUUCAUAGUUGAGUGCAGCAGUAGUUUUAGUGAUACCGGCUUUAAGUACAUGUGAUGGUCAGGGUUUUAUUUAUGUUCAAGGCAGGUAUUUAACCCCUAUUAAUACGAAUUAAUCUGAUCCUGUUUUGUUUCUUGAAUCUAUUUAUUGACUUUUUAUCUGUAAGGGCAGAUUUUACCUUUGCAGCAAGUGGUUUGAAUGCUAUGACGUACUCUACCAAAUUGACUUCUUCCAAAAUAUGAACUAUACCAUAUAAAUUUUGCUAGUGGAGUCUUUUAUCCAUUUAUUUCCUGUUGAUUUCUGAGUUAUUUUGUAAUACAGAUGUGUGAUUUGUAAGCUUUGUGUCAUGAGCUUGAACUGAUGGAGAACAGGCUCUGCAACAACCCCGCUGGCUGAUUUUGGGCAGUUGUUUACGAACUAAGAUACUGUAAGAUCAAAUAUUCAAAGUAUUCUAAACCUUAAUAAAGCACUUUUCAUGCUGAGUUUGGGUGAAACAAUAAAAAAGGACUUCCAAGUUUUAUUUUUUUCCUGAUUUUCACCAAAGCUCUUAAAAUGUAAUUGAUGGUAGCUUUACAUGGAUAUGAGAAACAGAGCCGACAUCCUGCAGAGCCUUGUAUGUGUGUGGUCCCUUACUGUAUGUGUGUGUAAAUAUGCACACAUGGUAUAGACGCCCAUUAUAGUAUCUGGUUAAUAUUGACGAUGUAGUGUUCUUGAUUUCACCUAUUCUGGGUAAACGUGAAUGCCUUGCAAAAGAAUAAAUAAAAAUCGAUUCUUUUUUUCUUA